AUGGAAUUACAGAGGAACCAGAGGAUAACAGAGAUAUCUCAUCUAGCACCGAUAUCUUUGUGCGAAUUCAAUAGAGACCCCAAUAAAUGGGAACAAUUUAUUUCAUCAUUUAAAAUGAUGUUGGACCAACUAAAAAUUCCGAAUGUACAAAAGUUCUGUUAUUUAUUGGUUCAACUUAAAGGAAAAGCUAGAAUGGUUGUUUCACUUUAUGCAGUAACCGAUGAAAAUUACCCUAUUGCAUUAAACGCGCUAUAUGGCCAAAGGGAAAAUCGAUAUCAUCUUUUAUUUAGUAGAUUAAAGAAUAUCUAUCAAGUAAAAGAUGACUUUGAAGCAAUACGACAAUUAUUGAUGAUAUUAUCGCAAUUGGAAGCCGCAAACCAUGACAUUAAUUCAGAAGCACUAUUGAUGCUGGUAGAAUCUGAAUUAUCUCGAGGGAUUUAUAGCAAAAUUAUUGGAGUAAAAGCAGUAGAUAUGGAAUGGACAUAA